AUCCCCUUUUCUCCCCAAUUUUUGUGGUAUCCAAUCGCUAGUAAUUACUAUCUUGUCUCAUCGCUACAACUCCCGUACGGGCUCGGGAGAGACGAAGGUCGAAAGCCAUGCGUCCUCCGAGGCACAACCCAACCAAGCCGCACUGCUUCUUUAACACAGCGCGCCUCCAACCCGGAAGCCAGCCGCACCAAUGUGUCGGAGGAAACACCGUGCACCUGGCCCCCUUGGUUAGCGCGCACUGCGCCCAGCCCGCCACAGGAGUCGCUGGAGCGCGAUGAGACAAGGAAUUCCCUACCGGCCAAACCCUCCCUAACCCGGACGACGCUAGCCCAAUUGUGCGUCGCCCCACGGACCUCCCGGUCGCGGCCGGCUGCGACAGAGCCUGGGGGCGAACCCAGAGACUCUGGUGGCGCAGUUAGCACUGCGAUGCAGUGCCCUAGACCGCUGCGCCACCCGGGAGGCCCAGAACUAGAUCAUUUCUAAGUCUGUUGGGACAUUGAAAAUCGAGACAGCAAUGCCUUUAGGUCAAGACUUACUAUACACUUGUUUUUACUCUAUUUAAUUAUGUUCAAGUUAGUUAGGUUAAUAUGUAGACACUGGAUAUUUUUUCACCUCAUUUGUUGGAGAUGGAAUUUCCCACCCCACUUUGCACAUGUAAGUUAGGCUUUCCUCUUGACCAUAUGACUACACUACCCAGAAUAUGAAUAUAUCAGAUAUGUUACAUAGACAGACCAUGAAAGGGAGCAAGGGGUGGUGUGAAAAGAGUAGGCCUACACAUGGCCUUUGGUCUGAUUCUCUACUGUUCUCUCUCUCUCACUCCCCAAGAACACAUAGAAUAAUGAAGACACUUCCUGGGUAGGCUACUACAUGCAACACAGCCACUGAAAGACAGAAAUAGGAAACCCAUAGGGGUUUUGAUAGUGAUAGCAUCUAAGGGGCAGGCUACACUCAGGAAUACAAUAAAACUGUUACAGCAUGUGUUCAGCAUGUUCUUUGCUUGUAAUCUGUUAACCCCUAAAUGUUACGACAGGCUCCACUUCAUUGAUCUACCUGCAUGAAUGCACAUGGGUGGAGUGAGAUUUUUGGAUUAGCAGACACUAGUGAUGCACAGACCCCAGCUUUCUGGCAGUGAGUGAAGAGGUGAAGUUGAGGGAAGUGGUCUCUGCCUCGUGCUCGGUCUCUCACUCCUGCCCAUCUGCCCAUCCCCCUCUCCUCACCUUGAAACACUCCGGAACAUGCAGUGCCCAAUCACAGCAGCUGACCAACGGCUAGUGGGAAGUGACAUCAUCCCUGACCUUUAACCCCACCAUCACUGAUAACAACCAGCCUCUGGUCGGCACAGCAGCAUUCAGGGGAGGGAAGACAGUGAACAGGUCUAAAACUCUCAAUGUUAAAUGUAAAGUGGAACAAUCCUGUGAGUUAACAACAAUGUUUGGAAGAUUUAUACUUUCAUUUCUGUGAAAACAGAAUGCUUCUGCGCAGAUGACAAAAGUGAAACUAGAAUUUAAACUUCUUUUAAAAGGAAACAUGAACUUUUUCCACAGUCUGGAUUUGGAAAACUUCCCUCUUGAAAUCUAAAUAGAUUGAAAGCAUGUGGUUGAUCCACUGAAUCUGUCCUAAGAUGUUUAUUACAUAGUAAUAUCAUUCUUACUAAUGAUGUUAAUCAUAGAUGCCCCAGUGGAUGUGAAGGUUGAGGAAGUGUCCAGUGUGAAGGAAGGAGACUCUGUAGAGCUGAGAUGCUCCAGUGACAGUAACCCUGCAGCCCACAGCUACCGCUGGCACAACAGGAGAGGACCUCAGGCCACCAUGGGACCUACCAUCACACUGGAGAAUGUGACCAGACUCACUGAAGCCCUCUAAUGCAUUCACCUCAGUCGAUCUACAAACACAUAGCCUAUUAGUUAUACAAUUAGAUGCUACAAAUUAACUCAAGUUAAUUUGGCACCUGCGUACCCGGUGUCGUGGCAGAAUCAGAUUUAGCUAAGUAACAGAUAGAUAAGAUGUUAUUUUCAUCAUAUGCUUGUGAGAUACUUGUCAUUAGAAUCUUCUGAGCUAGGGAUUGGUAACUUGGGGCCAGAGAGGGGAGAGGUCAGGCUUGUCUUCAUAUGUCAAUGUAUCUGUUAAACCAUGUGGUGCUAAGUAGAAUAUCAGAAGGGGAGGAGGACAGAGUGGAACGUUGGUUUCUUAUGGGAAUGUUGUUUGUAAUUCCUAAACCAUGUGAAGGGAUGGAGUUAUUAAAUGGGGAACCAGUUAGUUAUCUCAUACAAUGACUGUACGCCAGUCACUCCCUACUUUUCUCAUAGGGGGAAGGAGUUUGGCCGUGUUUGGAACCAUUGUAUGUCCCCUCUGAGGUUGCCCUUAUCUUAUCUUUUUCCUCCAAACAUAACAAUGGUCAUUACGGCCAAACAGUUCUAUUUUUAUUUCAUCAGACCAAGGACAUUUCUCCAAAAAGAACGAUCUUUGUCCCCGUGUGCCAUUGCAAACUGUAGUCUGGCUUUUUUAUGGCGGUUUUGGAGCAGUGGCUUCUUCCUUGUUGAGUGGCCUUUCAGGUCAGGUCGAUAUAAGACUCGUUUUACUGUGGAUCUAGAUACUUUUGUACCUGUUUCCUCCAGCAUCUUCACAAGGUCCUUUGCUGUUGUUCUGGGAUUGAUUUGCACUUUUCACACCAAAGUAAGUUAAUCUCUAGGAGACAGAACGUGUCUCCUCCCUGAGCGGUAUGACAGCUGCGUGGUCCCAUAGUGUUUAUACUAGCGUACUAUUGUUUGUACAGAUGAACAUGGUACCUUCAGGCGUUUGGAAAUUCCUCCCAAGGAUGAACCAGACUUGUGGAGGUCUACAAUUUCUUCUCUGAAGUCUUGGCUGAUUUCUUUUGAUUUUUCCAUGAUGUCAAGCAAAGAGGCACUGAGUUUGAAGGUCCAGCACUAAGAGGAAGGGAUGGGGAUCGAAAAAUUACCAUGGCAUUUUCUUACUCACUGCUUUUGGCUUGGAGUGAUGGGAGUUGAUGCCUCAUCGUGGACUGCUGAGGUGCCCAAGUCCGUCUCCGGCCUACAGGGCUCAUGCAUCGUGAUUCCCUGCUCAUUCAACUACCCAGAACCAGAGAAGAAGUCCUCCAAAAUAACUGCCAUCUGGUUCAAAGACACACAUGAGGUUAUAUACCACCCAGACAGCACCAACAUCAUCAAAGACUACAGGGGUCGUACAGAGCUGGUGGGAGAUCUCCGGCAGAAGAACUGCUCUCUCAGAAUCGACCCCCUCCAUCACAGUGACAAAGGACCCUUUCAUUUCAGGAUUGAAAUGGAAGACCAUAACAAGUAUUCAUACAAAGAGGACACGGUCUCCAUUGCAGUGAGCAGCUCUCCAGACCCCCUCUCUCUGUCAGUGAGGGAGGAGGUGAAGGUGGGGGAAGUGGUUUCUGCCUUCUGCUCUGUGUCUCACUCCUGCCCAUCUGAUUCCCCUCUCCUCACCUGGAGCCACUCCGGAAGACACAGUGUCCAAUCACAGCAGCUGACCAAUGCCCAGUGGCAAGUGACGUCAUCCCUGACCUUUAGCCCCAGCAGCACUGAUCACAACCAGUCUCUGGUCUGCACAGCAGAACACAGGGGAGGGAAGACAGUGAAAAGGUCCAAAACUCUCAAUGUCAAAUAUGCCCCAGUGGAUGUGAAGGUUGAGGAAGUGUCCAGUGUGAAGGAAGGAGACUCUGUAGAGCUGAGAUGCUCCAGUGACAGUAACCCUGCAGCCCACAGCUACAGAUGGCAGAACAGCAGAGGACCUCUGCCCACCACGGGACCUACCAUCACACUGGAGAAUGUGACCAGACUCACUGAAGCCCUCUACUGCACUGCCAUCAACUCAGAGGGACAAGGCCACUCCAGCUCACUGAAGCUCAAUGUAGAGUACCCCCCUGAGAUCAAAGUGGGCUCCGCCUGCACUUCAGACAUCUCCAUGGUAACCUGUCUGUGCAUUGUGGAUUCGGAGCCCCCCGCCACCGUGGAGUGGUCUCUUCCAGAUGGACCCCUGCCCAACCGGCCCAGUACCAGAGUGGAGAGGCAUGGGUCAGUUACCAUGGUGACCCUACAGAGGGCACUAGGCUUCUCCGAGACCUUCCACUGCCAUGCCAGAAACACACAGGGCAAUGCCACCUUGUCCUUCACUGUGUCCACAAAUGAUAAGAAGUUGAUGCUGUACGUUUCAAUUGGUAUUGCUGCAUUAGUGGUGGUAGUAAUACUAAUUCCCAUGUCAGCUUGCCUAUUGAACAAGAAGGGUGGGAGGAGUCAUAGGGACUCGCCAGUAACCUGCAAGCAGGAAGUGGAUACAGCCAAGUGUGCUUCUUCAGAUCCCUCAACAUCAAGGAAAGAGCAGAAAGACGCCAGCAAUGAAAUCCACACAAACUACUACACCAACGAUCACCUAUAUGGCAACAUGGUGACUGAAAAGGAUGGUGACCCAUACGAGUGUGAGGGUGGAGAUGAUUCAGUCUAUGGUAACGUGUGAACACAACAGGAAGCAUGUGGAAGUCAGCUGACUCAGAGGCCAUGGUACUAAGUCUGUCAAAGGUUCCAGUAAAAUAUUAUAAUUUUAACCCAAUGUAGCAGAGAUGGUGACUGCUUACAUUUGUUAGCUUUAUGUAGCUUUAUGGUUCUAAUGGCGAAAGAAAAUGGUGCAGUCUUAUUUGGGUUCUGCCUUUAGUUGUAUGGCUUUUAGGAAGCGUUUGUUUUUAUCUAUGGCUUGGGUGAUUUAGAAUAAACCUGAUAUGAAUGGCUAUACAGUUAUAAUAGUUGAGAAGUGUAUAUGCAGUAUAUUAUAGUUUUUUGUUGCACCUUUCAACUGUAAUCCACUUAUGUGUAACUGACACUCAGGUCAGCACAGUGCUUCUGUUGUCCCUUUGAAUAUACAGACAGAUACAGUAAAGUGUCAUUUGUCAAAACAGGCCAUAUUGAGAUAUACUGUAUAUACUUGAGAUGGAGAAUACAACGAUUGUAAAGUAAAGUACCUUGAAAAUCAUCUCCAGAUCAGAUUGAAUAUGAACAUGUGUAAAUGUUCAACAACAACAGUGAUUAAAUAAAAAAUAUGUUUCUCAUUGCAUUUUAAA